CUCAGACUAGAGCAGAGAAGUUGAGGAUUUCCACCUUUAAAAGGCAUUAGAGAAGACUGUGCGCUUUCCUCCAGUGAAUAAACGAGUGGGACUGCACUGGGAUUUGGCUGUUUGCCUGCAGUAGUUAAGUUUUAGUUAGCUUACUGGAACUGCAGGACCUGGACUAUGUCCCCUCCUUCUGUUUGUCGCUGCUGUAUUUCUGCCUAGUCUCCCUCGUUAAGUGGAUUUGGACAGAGCCCCUAUUGUUCCCAGCCCACUCCUGCCUAAUAUGGCAUUCUCGAGGAAAGCCCCAGUUUCCUGAAACGAGCGACGAGAAGCCGGCGAAUGGCGAAGGCUGCUCUAGAGAAUGACGGAGAAAAUGUGAAAAAUCAGGACGCUUGCCGAAAGCGGUUCAGUGUUUUCAGAGUUUCGGACGCGGACACUGUGCAAUGACGGGAUGAAAGCUGGAGGACUGAGUGUAAAUGCAGGCGCCGGUGUGUUUUGGAAGCGCGAGGGCAAACAGUGCGGCUCACCGACCUGACGGAUUAGAGGCGUGAGUAGUCAUCCUGAGGGUUUGGACUGGUUUAACUAAGGCCCUCGGCGUCUUGUUACAAACACAGAAGGACAGGGAUUAGAGUGUUCCGUGUGCUAUAAGGGAACAGAGAGGCAGGACAGCAGCAGUAGACUAUCAUGCCUGGCCGUAGUUCCAGAAGUAAGCAGCGUGCCGGGGCUGAGGACGCAGGGGAGAGUGGAGAGACCUUCACUACUUCUGUUAAAAAGAUGCUGAAAUGUGUGGUGGUCGGAGACGGAGCCGUUGGCAAGACCUGCUUACUCAUGAGCUACGCCAAUGACGCUUUUCCUGAGGAAUAUGUACCGACUGUGUUCGACCAUUACGCAGUAAAUGUUACAGUAUCUGGCAGACAGCACUUGUUGGGGUUGUACGACACAGCUGGGCAGGAAGACUACAACCAGCUGCGGCCCCUUUCCUACCCCAACACUGACGUGUUCCUCAUCUGCUUCUCUGUGGUGAACCCGGCCUCAUAUUACAACGUGCAGGAGGAGUGGGUUCCCGAGCUCAAGUCUUGCAUGCCUCAUGUGCCAUACAUCCUCAUAGGCACACAGAUUGACUUGCGAGACGAUCCAAAGACACUGGCCCGUUUGCUCCAAAUGAAGGAGAAACCACUGACAUAUGAGCAAGGGCUCAAGCUGGCCAGAGAGAUUGGUGCACAGUGCUACCUCGAGUGUUCAGCCCUGACCCAGAAGGGACUAAAGACAGUGUUUGACGAGGCCAUCCUGACAAUCUUCAGCCCUAAGAAACAGAAGAGGUGCUGUAUAUCAUGCAGGAGCUGCUGUACUAUUGCAUGAUCAAAGCGCCAUGAGGCAUAUCACCCAGUGAACAUCAGCAAACAUCCUGAAAUCAGUCUAUAUAAGGCAGGAAUGAGACACAGCCAAGUUCCUUCAGUACCUGAAGGAGGAAAUGAGACACAGCCAAAGGUUUUCAGGACCUCCUGCUCAAUGUGUAUUCUGCAUCACUACUACUGUCAUGAAAAAAAAGAAAAAUCACACUUCAGUUCCUUAUUAAUAAUUUUCUGCCCUCCAAGGUUUGAGCCUUUUCAGCCGUUUUCUCAUAUGUUCUGUAGAGUACAUUUCCUGGACUCGCACAGACGUUGACACUAAAAAACAAGACAUGCUACACUGAAUUGGAGUGGAUCUGAAUGAAAGCAAUGUGUAUACCUGCUCUGCUUAUAUUUAACUCCUAAGAUACAGACUGUGUGAUAAAUGAGUUUCCUUUUGGGAUUUGGAAACUCAAAACUCUCUAUAUAGAUGACUAUAUGGUCUUUGCUCGUUACAAGUGCCUCGAUCAACCGCCAGUCAUUCUGUUUGUGCUCAUGCCAAAGUCUGCUUUCUCACCUUAAGCUUUAGACAGUGAUACAGGUCUCUGAAUUGCCACAGGACGACUUCCCCAAUUACCAGUAUAAAAAAAGUCUUGUUUUCCAGCCAUGGGCUAUUUUAAGUUUCAUACAUUAUAGGCUUUUCAAAGGCCUGUGAAACAAAUGUUGAAAAUCCAUUCCUCCGUAAAGGGUGAUUUUCUUGCUUUUGCCUCAGAUCAAUAACAUGCUCUUUUUUGCAGCCAUGGUCUGAGAUAGUUAAUAAGGGAAAUUCUCACGAGGCUGGCCAAAUCAUCAAUAAGGGGAGCAGAUACAGACAGGGAAUAGUAGAAAUGGGGAAACCCGACACAAUUUAGUUUCCAAGAGGGCCAUUUAAAAUGAGUGUUUCAAACAACACUUAACCCCAACAGUGCUACGCAGUAAAUUGCUCAUCCUCCUAAAACACAGUCAUGCAGGUUAAAUGUUCUCGUACCCAAGUAUCUCUCUAAGUUUCCAGGAGAGAAUCUUUUCCGAAACUAUCCAGAAUUUCAGUAGCAGAGGUGCCAACAUCUACAUCCAACAUCUACCAUGGAAGCACAGGAGCCCCCUGAAAACUAGGCUUUUUUUCCCCCAUUUUCUCCCUAAUUCCCACCUACGGAGGACACUUUGGCUAGUGUCACUGUGAUUGACACGGGACAGACAGUAAUGCCCAUCCUUCCCACCCAGAAAGCACAGCAAAUUUUUUGUUCUCUUGGCUCCUGUCUACGGAUAGAUGAGGCAUCAUCAGGAUUUGAACUCAUUUUCUGACCUGUGAAUUCAUAAGCCUCUGUCAAGAAGAUGGGACUGUGGUAUCUGACUGCUUAAAAAAACAUAGGAGGUGCUUAUUAUUAAGUAGUGGAUACCCAGAUUUUUGCCUCGCUGUUUUCUUGGCACACAUCUUUAAAAAAAAAUUAGCUGCCUCAUCCACUGACAGGGCUUUUUUUUGAUAAAAUUCAAUUGCUUCUCUCUGCCUGCUUGGAUUUUCUUGUUGGCACUUUUGCAAUAGCGGUGCUAUGAAAAUCCUCAGGGCAUGAAGCAGAUGUUUUUAGUGUCUGUACUUUACAACUGUACAUAUAUCAACACAACAAAGACACAAGAUUUUACCAAAAGUCAAGCCUCUAUUGUUAUCUCCUACAGCAAUCAUAUACUGUUUUAUUGCUCCCUUCUGCCAAAUCCACCUCCUCAUUUGACCUGAUUUAAGAACAACCUAAACACAUAAAGCUUUGUCUUCAUUCCUCAUCCUUUUCCAAAGGUCUUUUGGAGCAGCCAGGGGUCUAGAUCCUUUCCAGCAAGAGCUUUAGUGUGUUCCGUCUUAAUAAAAUAUAAUCAUGGCCAUGAACCAUUAAAAAAUGGAACAGUGCAGAAGUUUAGACACAUUCUCACAUUCACUUGUAGCUUUCCAGUGUCUGAAAUGACACCAAACACACACACAUCUGUACUCAGUGCUGUUUAAAUGCACACCUGCACUGGCACUAAACACUGGUUGCUGUUAUGUGGCACCUCAGGGACGAUUUCUGGAGCGAGCCACCUCCUCGUGAAGAUGAGGAGAACGGCCCUUUACACACAGGAAGAAUGAGCCUGAAUCCACGUGCCUUCCAUGUAGCACAGAGUUAGUUUAUUUUCUUCUUUUCAGACACUGUGCCUUACAUCAUCCUAUGCAACAAAUUGUAUACUGUAAUCAUACACAGAAGACCAGCAUUAGCCCUGGCCACAUCAACUAUAACUUGAACUGUGUACUUGUAUCCUUUUUUUUAUUUAGAAUGUGGUGAGAAUUACAUUUUUUUGUAUAUGUAAAUGUAUUGGUUUGUACAUCAUACAUAAAGACAGCAGUUUUAUUUACUAAAUCGGUAUAUCUAAUAAACCGGCAACUUGGUGUAUGACUGCUUUUCUUCUCAAAUAUAUAUUUAUAGCUUGUCCAUAUCAGCUGUGAUUAAAACUUGUGAACAAACUGAAUUGUCUAGCUUUGUUUAAGAUGCCAUUUACAAAAUUAUUUUCAGCAGAUUACACAGUGCCAUGCUGAUAGUAUAUAAUAGUAAAAUGCUAUGACAAUUUGUACAUCAUCCAUAAGACACAAAGACUUGUAAUCCCGCACAGAAGUUUAUCACUGUUGCAAUGUAGAUAUAGUUGUACUGUACCAAGGAGCUGUAAAUGUUCAGUUUAGGUUCCACGAUAGGGGUGCCAUUUAGCCCUUGUCAAAUGAAACCAUUAAAACAUGUUAACCCAUCUCUGGAAAAA